UUUGUCAAAAGUUAUAUCAUCCUCUGGUCGCAGCUUUCCUGUGCAAUUUUUGACUUGCUCGGUGAUAUCGAACGCGAUCGAAAGGCCGACACGAUGGCUGCUAGGAAAUGGUUCUCAUCCUUUUUCCCAACGGUAAAGGCCCAGGAAGAGGAAGACAUUGUUGAUCCACAGACGGUGUUGCGGGAAAAGUGCGCUAAACAUGGACACAAUACUCAAUUGUGGGAAAAAUACCAGGCAUGCAAUGAUCGUGUCGGUAGCCGUUCCCAAACGGCAGAGACCUGCGUCGAAGAGCUGUUCGAUUACUUGCACGAAUUGGAUCACUGCGUUUCAAAGACCCUGUUUUCGAAGUUGAAGUGAGGCACUUACAAUAAUGAAGCAAAAUUUACGAGACGUGGUGUUACGCGCAGUUUCGGUGGCGUUAUCCUGUUUAUGAAGUAAAUUAUACGCCUUGAAAUAGUGUGCUGAUGAGGGCAAAGGCAGAAGCAACCAGAACAUCCUACUUGUUUGUUUCGCUAUCAAUUGCUUUAAUCUAGAUAUGCAUCUUAAAAUCACAUGCAUAUUAACAAUGCCUCGUCGAAAUGUUUAUGUUCAAAAGGAGAAUAGUAAAUAAAAUUGAGUUUUAAAAACGA